GUUUAGACACAGUGUGUACUGUAAAUCAAUAACGUCGGCCAGACAUUAUCAUGUUGUCCAGUGGUCACGUGAUGUCUAGGAUAUUUGUAAACGAAGAUGACGCAUUGGUUUGAAAAAGUGCUAAAUCUUUUAUUGUGGAGUGUGCUUGUGUAUGAAGCAUUGGAUUUUCAAGUAUCACCUAGAUUAUUGAUAAAUUUAUUCUACAUAUUCAUCGUUUUGACAUUUAUUGCGGUUAAAUUAACUCAAAUUCCAUUUCAAGAACUAGCAUCUUACACAAUCAUUGGUGUUUAUUCUUAUUUCUCAAAUAUUGCUAUUUUUUUGCCAAAUAUGGAUGACAUUGGAGUAGUGAACACUCCCGAAAAUUUCAUGGACGAGGAUAUCAAUUCUCUACAAAUGUUUGGAGUAAUUUUAUUAUUUUCCUGUGAUGGUUAUAGAAGUUUCAUCAUUUGGAUAAGUUGUGUUUUGGUUUUAUCUUAUGCUAUUCAUAAAGCGAAUCAACAGGAGGAAAAUGGAGCGAGUUCGGAGAGAAACGAGAGUUCUCGACUUUUCCAUAUGAUAAUCGUUACCUGGCUUUUGCUAACAUUAUUAUACACUUUCUCAGUUCUUAAUUCAUUAUAUAGUGCCGUCUUAAUUUUGUUGAGUAGUGACACGUUUUGGAAGAAUUUAUCGCUGCGUUUUGAACAUUUUACGCUAUUCCUAAACGUAGCCUGGCAAAUUUAUGUCUUUCGAGUUGUAAUAUUUUCCUUAACAGUCUUCAACAUAUAUUUAAACAUAUACUUGAAUAGCUCUUCCAGUUUUAAAUUGACAGCCAUUGCUGUCAUAGUUUUAUUCAAAUUUUAUUAUGACUCUACUGUGAAAAUACUAGAAAUGUUUUACAGAAAAGUACGUAUAUCAGCUCAUUCGCACCCAGUUCCAAUUGGCCAAUUGCAACGACACUCAGAUCCAUGUCCAGUUUGUUUAUCUCCAAUGAUAUCUCCUAAUAUCACACGGUGUAAACAUUUGUUUCAUGAAAGUUGUUUAGAUUUGUGUUUGCAAAGACAGCCUUCAUGUCCAGUUUGUCGACAAUUAUUAAUAAAAUGAGUAUA